GGUCAGAAAAACUGAGCUCUUGGCCAAAGAGAUAAAGAGCUUGCCCGAAAUGAGAAAAUGCGAGGACAAGUAAUGUGGCAAGCCAGAAUGGGAGAAAAUGCAUGAUGCUCCUAUACUGUACAAACUUCCAACUACAAAAGUCCAGGCUGUGUUAUACGUACACGACGAUGGACCGUCCUUAUUCCACUUUUGGCUAGAUCAACCCCGACCGUAUGCCAUCCGACGAUGAAGAACUCACCCGUCGAGCGCACCUUCUAGAAGCCGUCGGAUCCCAUACGGUCGGGGUCUUAUUCCCGUCGGCCUUCAAUUGAUUCAUUGCGCCGUAGAGGAGAUGCCAAAGGGUCUUUCCUUUUGCCAGAGUACUGCUAAAAGCUACCCAAAACGACGCCAGGCAUCCAAGUCUGAAUACGGUAGGCUAAACGUUGGCGAAACUACCGUAGGGCGGAUGUACAGUAGCAGGCACGCCUCACCGUUACCACCGCUCGACUGCCAAUCCAGUGCAAUCCAAGCCAAGCCCCCACAGCCAGCCAGCCCUGACGUUCCUUUGGUCAAGUUCGGUCUCUCGGUGAGGCAUGACUCCCCGCCGAAACUUGACUCCUCGACAAAGAUAGCCACAUUCCCUCGAACUUGAAUGCACGUAAAGAAGAGAGUUGAUGGAGAUGGUACAUGGUUCAACAGGGUUUGGCGAAAACUGCCGUUUUCAUGUGCAUCUAUGAUUGAGUUUAGAGCCAGUUUCUGUUUUACUGUAAGCAGUGAUUAGUUCAACUUUGUCUGAACGAAGGUAAGUCAAGACGAAGUGGCUUCAUUUCUUCCGCACUGCACGAUAUCGUAUUGUGGAGAAGUGUUGUUUUCGAUGAAGUCUGUUCGAGAUCGGUAGUAAUGCCGAGAAUAUUAAGGUGUGUUCAAAACAUAUUCUGCGCAGAAUGUGCUGCUCCAAGGUGCUCUUAUUCGUUUACAAAGUUCGAAACAAACGCGGCAUUAGUGAUCGUUGGACUUUGAACUUCCCCGAGAAGAAAGUGUGUGUUGUAAAUGAAAAUUGGACCGGUAUGGUUACGUAACCAGCCGGAAGGAGGAUAUUCUCUUCUGUCUUAAGGUGCAGGGGAUAUAGUCCCUUCGACUGGGAAUGAAGAACAGAACCACCUCGAAACCCUGUCAUUGAAUCAACAACAGCGGUUGCUGCGGCAGUAACUUAAGUCUGUAUACCUGAAGCCGUGAUGCCAAAUGGGUCUUAUAAGGCGCUCGUGUUUCUGUGAAUGGCUCUCCAGAAGUUUAUCAUGAUAUGCUCUCAUGAGAAGUUUUCGCUGUUGCGGAGACGCUGUGUUCCUACAUUCCACUGCAAAGAACGGAGAGGUUCUAUGAUACGUGCUUCUUAGAGUUAUUUCAACAGUCCAUAUCAAUUCCAUGAAGAAAAGCACGGUGAGCCUUCCGAAACAUGGGGCAUUUUAGUCUUGUCCCAUAUUCAGUUGAUAGCACAAUGCAUUAUUAUCAAGUACUCACCAUCAAGGCUUGGAAUGCCCUUCUGAUACGAAGAAGACACGUUAGAGUUGAGCUCAACCUCGACCACAGAUUAGGAGGGUGAGGACAUUAGGGUUACGAUUGUAGUCCAAAUUUUUUUCCGACACCACUACAUGAAAAGUUUUUGGUGAUGGAAAUACUUCCGAUAGAAUUAUCACUCCUAGUAAGCCAUGAACUACUGCAUCGACCUAAUUGCACUUCCCAAUCUCAGCAAUACACACGAAUCAAUGAUCACAGUCUGUCACGAACCAUGACGCGGACUUAUGGUAGAACUGAGCUACGUUAUAGAAGUGACAAGUGCCUCCAGGUGGAGUUUGAAACCCGCCUCUCUUGAUACUGCACUCUAUUCUCUAUUGGAAAGGCAGUUUUCAUGAACUAGAAGAAGCACAUCUCACAGGCAAUCAAUACACCCGCUUGUAUCUUAGCUCGCAGGCACGGCCAACUCGUAGACCCUGAGAUUGUGGACAAAUUCAGCGUGUUCAAAGAAUUGGAAAGAACCGACCGGCAGCCAUGUUUCGACUGAAAGUUGUCUCGAGACUAGAAUGCACCUUGAAGGAGCGAAAUGAAUGUAUUAUUUUCGUGCAUGGGAUACCGGAUUAAAGGGCCACGCCACAGAGGCUGUCUAAUGAACAGAAUCGGAUUAUAAACAAGUAAUGAAUGCGUACUAAUAGAAUUAUAUUGAACAGUCUGAAGUUCUCUUGUUGGUGUGUCGAGGUGUUGGGAGGUGGCGAUACCCCAUUCUCAAAUUAUUGUCUUGUGCUCGUUUCACAUAAUUUCACAAAUACUCUCGACGUAAGUACUUCAAGUUUUUGUGCACAACUGAGCAAGAUCAACCUAUAAUCAAGAACAGCUUUGCAUCUUACUUGCAGGAAAUUCAUGUGCAGGAGAAUGGGUGCAAAGGAUCCCCACGAGACAAAAGGCCCAAUAAAGAAAACGAGAGAGAUGACCGUCGAGUUCUUUUGGCAAUUACUGUCGAAAUCGAGGACGGAUGUGUGGAACAUAUUGAAAUGAAAGAGGGGGACUCUGCAGAGGCUGUUGCUAAAAAAUUUUGUGGAGAUCAUCUUCUGCCUGAACAGUUUGUAGCCCCUCUGACGGAGCACAUUGUGAGCAAUAUUGUUAGCCUCAGUAAGGAGAAUAAAGAACUCUCCUAUCAUGGUACUGAGGAACAUGGAAGGAGUCUUUCCUACGAGAGUACUAGGUUAUAUCAAUCAAAGCCCGGUACUUCGCCAAAGCAUGAGUCUGGACUCGAUCAAGAAAGCAAAUCAGGUAGGUGGUGUUGCAAGCAGAGGACUGAUGGGGACGUUCAAGCACGAGAGCGAAGUAAGAACACCUGCAUUGUUUCUCAGUCGAAGAACAAGACAAAGAUCAGACGAAGACUUUCUGAACGUCUGCUUGCUCCCACGCUCACCAGUCUAGCCAAGAGGCCUCAAGCUGUUGAUAAGGACAAAAGCAAGGAGCUUGCGAGCAUGAUAAAAAGACCUCUCAAUGCGAAAGCGGAGGCUGUGUACAUGCGACUGUACGCUGAGUUUUUGAGGCAGAAGCAGCGGAUUGAGCUUGAGAAAAUUAGGAACAUGGAGAUUUAUCAGGAGAAGAUUGACAGAGAUAGAGCUUAUGUCUCCAAGAAAUCUUGGAGAAUUUGGCGAAUGCGAGGGAGGACAGCCAAACAGUACGGAAAUUAUGGGGAGCUGCUCUACUCCGAAGGCCUCAGUAAGAUGGAGCAGCUGAAGAAAAUGAUACAGAAGAAACAAGAAGAAGAUGAAGCAAAGGAGUUGAAAGAGUUAACCCUUAAGCCUGAGAUCAGCAAGCGAGCAAAGCAGAUCAGACGGGACCAGGGUCAAAUUUGGCAUAGACUACAAUCGGCAGACAAGCCAAGACAAGACCAAAUGCGGGAGUUGCGAAAUGAGAUUUGGGAGGCCAAGCUCAUGGAGUGCACAUUCAAACCUCGUAUAAAUCAUCGUCGAUAUUCUCAGAAGUUUUUAAAUGAUGGGAGCACUUCCCGCUUUGAGCAGCUAUUUCUUGAUGCAGAGAACCGACGGCGUCGUCAAGCAGAAUAUACGCAAUGGUACCCUGAGGGAGUCACAUUUCAGCCCCAUAUCAACAGACAGAGGCAACAUCAUGGCCUAGACAGGGAUGAUGGCUAUUAUCAGGAGACAACAGUUUUUGAUAGAUUGUUACACUAUGCAUCAAAGCUGGUGGAGAAGAAGCAAAUGUGGCAACAAAUGGCUGCAAAACCUGUUGAUCCAACAACGGGUCAGGAGUUAUUUACACCUAUGACCGGACGCAAACCCUUACAAAAUAGAAAUACAAGUGAGCUGCCGAUUGGAGAAUUCUUGUACCAGCUUAAGGACACGAUGGAUAGGAAAAAGCAGUGGCUUGCAGAGAGAGACUUGCAGGCCAAACGGGAACAGGCAAGCUGUCAUUAUGUUGGCCCAAGAUCCCAAAGAUUGCUUGAGGGUAUCAAAGAGCGCAGAUUUCAGCAAAUUUUUGACUACCUUGACCAAGACAAGGAUGGCUUUGUGGAGCUGGAAACUGCAGAUUUGAACCAGCUCUCUGAUGAUGUAGUUGAAGACGUUGCUAGAAUAAGAGAGAUGGGAGUUGAAAAACUUCUAGACUAUCAGUCAUUUGUUGAUCACAUGAAGACCAUUCAGGAAAAAGCAGGUAAAAAUGGUACUGUUCACUUGGUUCUCAAACACAAGAAACAUGAUAGCCCGAUGCACAUCCAAUUCAAGAUGGAUCGAUACUCUCGCGAUUUGGCUGUCCGAAGAAGGAGAUUCAGUUCAAGCCGUCAAUGGUACAAGUUGAUCCUAGCUGACAGAGCAAAAUGGCAGUCUGACUUAGAAGCCUUGCGAAAGGAAAGACAGUCCUUGGAGAUGAAAGAAUGUACAUUCAGACCGGAGAUCCAGAAGAAAAGAGGUCACGCGAAGGUCUCCCGUGUGAGUCAUGAGAGAAUGGGCCCACCAGCGUCUCGUAGUUUCUCCAAAAUUCGAGAGAAGGAGCAACGGGAGGUACAUGGAUUCAUCUUUGAAGCAGAAAACAACCAAAAACCUGACAGGCUAGCAAAGGCCGCGAGCAGUGUGUCACAUGACACUCAUAGCCAUGUAGAAUCGCAGAGUCAUGCUGGUGAUAUGACCCCUGUGGGCCUACUUGAAUCAUUAAAAUCAUUGAAGCAAAUUGUGGCACAGUCGGAGAGUACUGAGGGAGGAUCACCAAACCUACCUCAAGGGCAAGACAUGCAGGAGGUGUACUUUGAAAGCCGACCUUACCCCUGGAGGCCUGCAGUAGAGAGAGUCCAAAGUAGUGUUGUGAACGACUUGCCAGAUCCCGAAAAACAAAAGGAUGGGCUGUAUGUAGGCUUACUGGGAGCAUAGGUCUCAUUCUUCAGAAGAAGUCCAUUCACUAUGUUGUGUUAGGUUUAUAAAAUGAAAAUACGGGUGGAGCUUCGCUGCACCCCAUAUUGAGCAAAUAUUACGGCCAAGGGUUUUUCAUUUUGAUGAGUGUUCUACUUUGCUGCAUGAAAGGCCUUGAAGAAAGCUCUAUUCAGCCAAUCGUUAAUCCGGAUGUUUUUCUCCGAAGGAAUUGUCUGAUAAAUGCAAAUUUUUUAAAGAAAGUC